UUUUCAUUUUUCAAUUUCAAUUUUUUUGUCAAUUUUAAAAAUUCUUUGCUUAUUUUUAGAGACUUUUCUUUUUUAAUUUUAUUUUUCUCAAUUAAAAUGGACGAUGAUGCUUUUGGAUUUGGAGAAUUGGCUUAUGACGAUAAUUUGCCUUAUCAAGAAGACAAUCAAAAUGUGCUAGAAAAUAACAAUUUUGAAGAGAAUUUGCCUGGUAAAGGAAAAAAGAAGAAAUACAAGAGGAAUAAAAAAGGAACAAAAAUUCAACCAAAUAAUCCAGAAAAUUUAAAAAUUCAUGAAAGUAAGAGGACAGAAGAUGAUUUUGGUGAUUUAUUUGGAGAUUAUGAAGGGAAAAAGGAAUCUAUUUUUACUAGUGAAUCGCCUUUAGAUUGGCAUCUCAACGUUGGAGAAGACGAAGUUCGUACCAAACGUCGUAAAAUAGAAAUUGAAAAUGUAUUGGAACGCGUAGCGCAGCGAAUACUUAAAGCUAGACAAGAAAAUUCAAAAACAACAUCUUUAAACGAAGGCAUUAACAUUAUUCAAUCAAGAGUCACUCAAAAUUCAAGGUAAAAUUGUCGUUUAUGUGACACAUUUUUAUCUCACCAGAAAUUCCCGUACAUUUGGCUCCGACAUUAAAGCAUCUUAAGGGUCUAUUGCGAUACGGACCUGGCUCUGCUUUUUAGAACAAAUGCUCCGAUAUUUUUUGUCUGUACUAUAGCUGUGGGGAAGUGGAAUUUUUAUUCCUAUCAAAUAUUUUUAUUUACGGAUAUCCGCAAAUGUAUUUGCG